AUGGGAAUCAGCUUUUCCAAGCGGGCGUGGCGCGCACAGCAUUUGCCGGACACCGAGUUUGCCGCGGAGGGCGAGGACACGAGCACGGUCAACACCAAGCGGCUGGCCAGAUUCAUCAAGCAGGGCUUCCUGGCCCCAAUAUGGUCUCGAGAAGGAGAGGAAGACCCAGAGAAUGACCAUGAGUGCCCCAUCUGCUUCCAUCACUUUCCCACCCUCAACAGCACCACAUGCUGCAAUCAGAGCAUAUGCACGGAAUGUUUCCUCAAACUCGUCCAACCCCAGCCUGGAGGUUCACGGUAUGGCAGCCCUUGCCCCUUCUGCAACAAGGUUGGGUUCCACGUGUACUACUCGCCCAUGGCGCUGAGUCAGCGCAAGCAGCUGGAGGCCGAGGAGCAGAUGCGCGUGAGCGAGACCCAGCUACGCUCCAUGCUGGAGCGCCAGGCCACAAAUCCCUCACCAACCUACCCCGCUGGCACGCCCCCGUCUGUGGUGCUGCGCAUCAGCCCCUCCCAGAAACCCGAGUGGGAGUCGUGGCCGGAGGCCACCCCGGCCGCCCCUAUGCAAGACGGAAGCACUGACGAAGGCGCAUCCGUCCGCGACCCCGGCGCCGCGCCAUUGGCCGAGCACGUCGGCCACGGGCAGGUGCUGGCCGCCCCCACGGCUGCUGUGCUGGCGAGGCAGGUCCAGCCUGGGCCGGGGCCCGAGUCCGUUGGGGCGUCCCAUCGCCGGCACAGGAGCUGGGGCCCCAGCCCCAGCGUCGCUCGCUGCACGCCCGUGCUGCACCGUCAGAGUGUGGGUUGGCACCAGCUGACGGGGCACGGUUCCAAUGCCUCGCUGGCGGGCCUCGCCUCGGCCUCCUCCCUUGGGGGGAUUGAGUCUGCCGCCUCCGUCCAGGACGCGGGUGCGCUGGAGGAGCUCCUCGAGCGGGAAAGCAGGCCGGCAGGCGGGGAGGACGCUGUGGCCCGCUGUGGAAUGUCUGGCGGCACUGAAGACGCAGCAGCCGCAGCCCGCGACAGCGGCGUCCCGCCGGCAAGCCAUGCGUCCACCUGCCAGUUUCCCACCCUGCAGCCUGGCCCUGCGGAGUCCUUCACGCUCCAUCAAACCUUGAGGGCGGGCAUGGCCCUGCAGGAGCCCGCCGACGCCACGCCCGACGCGCCGCAUGAUGUGCAAGUGUCCGCCGCAUUUGACCCCGGCCGGGGGGGGCCCGUGGUGGUGGUGGACCCGGAUGGAUCCAGCCUGCUGUAUCUCCUCACCUGCGAUGCCCUGCCGGAGGAGGAAAGGGCGGCGCUGGCCGCUGCUGCCGACGCAGUGCUGACGCCCCAGGGGCUGACCACCUACAAUGCACCGGUGAGCGCGUACGACGACGCUCUGCGGGCCAGCAUUGCGCGAGCGGAUGCCCUCUUGCUGGCAAGGACGGCGGCCAGCUCUAGCCAACCGGGCCCCGAUCCUGCGGCAGCCGACCCUGUCGGCUGGCUGGAAAGGAUGGCUGCGGCAGAUGCAGCUCUCAGAGCCAGCGUGGAAGGCUCCGACCGCGCGCUCUUCAAGCCUCAAUAG